AUGCGUGUACUUGAACAGCAACAGGAGGUGUGGCAAACACUCCGAAAUCCCGCGAAGCAUACUGCGGGGGAGCGGAAGCGGGCGUACUUCUUUCUGUUCGCCUACUGCCUCGGCAUUGUGGCGUUGUUACUGAGUUGUCUGCACUUUAUUGGCGCCUGGGUCGCGUGUGGUUUGCUACAGCUGAUCAUGCUCAUCUUCUCCAUGAUGUACGCCCUCACUAUUGCGGAUUGCCGCGAUAAGUGCCUCAGCGUGAUGGAGUGCGACCGUACCGCCAACCCGGUGUUGGAGGUGUACGUUGCACUGCGCGUGCUGCAGGUNGCGAUAAGUGCCUCAGCGUGA